AAACAUGGCAGCGCACAUCACCAGACCUGUGACAAGACUUCUUCCACAGAGGAACGGCUGGCUCCUGCCCGCAGUCUGGCGGUUGUAUUUUCAAGCAUGGCGUUAUCACCAUCACUCCACAGGAUCCUCGCUGCGCUACAUCCCCCGUAGGGCAGUUCUCUACUGCCCUGGCAAUGAUGAACGAAAAUUGAAGAAACUAGCCUUGCUGGAUGUCGACUGUGUGGUGCUGGAUUGUGAGGAUGGUGUGGCUCUCACCAAAAAGACAGAAGCCAGGGAGACCAUAGCACGGACAUUAGGAGAAUUGGACUUGGGCCGGACAGAGAAAUGUGUGAGGGUAAACUCAGUUUCCAGUGGCCUAGCUGAGGAGGACCUGCAAGUCAUUAUGCAAGCAAAGGUUCUUCCUCCUGCCUUCAUGUUGCCUAAAGUGGAGGAUACUCAGGAGGUCAAAUGGUUUGUUGACAGGUUUCAGCACUACUUGAAAGGACGGACGAUGACAGAACCCGUUCGCCUCAUCACCUUUGUGGAAACCGCUGUGGGCCUGCUCAAUUUUAAGGCUGUGUGUGAGGAAACCCGUCAGCUUGCUCCUAAGGUUGGUCUUCAUCAUGAUGGCGUGGUGUUUGGCUCUGAUGACUUCUGUGCCAGCAUUGGUGCCACACGGACUAAAGAUGCCAGGGAGCUUCUCUAUGCAAGGCAGAAGGUAGUUGUGACCACCAAAGCCUUUGGGCUUCAGGCUGUCGACCUGGUUUACAUCGACUAUAAAGACGUGGAGGGACUGAGGCAGCAGGCCAGAGAAGGUGCUCUCAUGGGCUUCACAGGUAAGCAGGUUAUUCACCCGGGGCAGAUCCAGGCUGUGCAGGAAGAGUUCUCCCCGAGUCCAGAGAGGGUCCAGUGGGCCAGAGAGCUCAUUUCUGCUUUUGAUCAACAUCAGAAAGAAGGAAAGGGUGCGUUCACCUUCCGCGGCAGCAUGAUUGACAUGCCCUCGCUGAAGCAGGCUCAGAACAUCGUGACGCUUUCUGCCACGGUGCUGAAGAAAUGACACGACGUUUGGAAACCAGUGCCUCAGAAACCUUUCAACUGAACUCCAGUCGCCUGGACGCAGAGGAAACCAUCGCUUGAAUUUAGGCUUUUGGAAAAUGUCUGAAUGUUUUCAUUUGAUUUGCUGUUUUAAUUUGUACAAACGCACAGUUGAGUGUGAACGGCCUGUCCUGCAGCGUGGUGCUCAUGUUCUCCCGUCUCCACAGCCAGGGGAUAAACAAACACAUGGCUCUGCUGCGCAUCGAGCCCAGAUUUUAGGACUCAGCUGACGGUCCUCAGUUGGGCUCUCAACUACAAGCUUGCUUAAAAAAAAGUAGAAUACAGAUCAAAUAUUGUAAAUCUAACAUUAUCUUUUAUUUGCUUCAGUGAAAUGAAGCAACUUUAGCUCAGACGCACCACGGAGUUCAGCAGAUUCUGUUUGUUGUUUUUCCAGCAGCAUCCUUCACAACUAUUUAAUCAACAGUGGAGCAGAAAAAAAAAGAACUUCCUAACAAGAUGAGCAAAGAAG